AUGGCGUCCUCAGAAGCAUAUACCGCUGAUAUCACCCAAGAGAAUGGCGCCGUGCCAUCUCCUCAGGGAACGUCUCUUUAUGGCAGUCUCAAAAUAUCUGGUAACCAGAUCAGGCUACUGACAAUCACGUCGACCACGCCAGUGAUAUCGUGUGAAAUGGAUGUCACUGAGCUUCAUGAUCAAUUACCAUUCAAUGCGCUAUCCUACGUCUGGGGCGAUCCUAAAGUUACCGAGAUUAUCCUUGUGAACGGACACGAAUACGCAGUAACAACAUCAUUGGCCUCGGCUUUGAGAUGCGUUCCGCAGCACCUCAGUCGAUCGAAACACGCCGCCGGCCAGAAAUUAUGGGUGGAUGCGAUCUGUAUUAACCAAGCUGAUGAUGCUGAGAAGAGCCACCAAGUUGCCAAAAUGGGAGAAAUCUAUUCCCAAAGCGCACUUGUUCUCUGUUGGCUGGGACCCCUAAGUGAUCCGAUAGGUGCUGCCAUCGAUGUUGUACAAAUCACAGCUUUUGAGCGAUAUUCCCGUUGUGCAAAUGUGGAAAAGUGCGACAAUCACCAGAAGUUGAGAGGCUGUAUUGCACAGUUACAUGAUCGCUUGGAAGCGUUUAAGGAGCUUAAUGAUUUGAAGCAAUUUCUAGUCGCCGAUAAAAAAUCCGCAAUACCCAGGCUAGUUGGAGAUCUCGAGAUUUAUGAGCUCGCGAACGCACUUGAACACGCGACUACAGUCAUUGUGUGGGUACUACAAGGGCCAUAUGGUUCGGAACUAGGCUUUUGCCGAAAUGACCUGAUCAGGGUACAUCGGGAAGUCGCAGAUUGGCAUGACCGACUCCAAAGACAGGCCAGCAAGCUUGAUGCCAAUGUGAUCAAUGACUCCCAACCAGCGAAUUUUCUGUUGGAACUGGUGUCUUCUAGGGUUCACAAGUUCCAACAGAUAGUCAAAGAGUUCCUUUUCCAAGUGGUUGCUGAUGAAGGGUACGGUCAUAUAUUAUGGCUUAAGGAGUAUCCUUCGCUCUGCACAGUGGAGGAAAUAGUUGGGGAAUGUCACCGAGGUCCCGCUCAACCACUUUUCGACCUUCCAUACUGGAGCCGCAUAUGGAUACGACAAGAAAUUAUUCUCGCAAAACAAGCAGUUUUCAUUUCUGGGCCUCGAUCAUUUUCACUUCAGGCGUUGGAAUACUUUUCAGCUUGGUUGGGAUGGAUCUUGAGUCCAUUCAACUCUGUUUGGCUCCAGAAAGAAAAGCUUUUCAAGUUGGUAUUGGCAUACCGACAAAACUGGAAGCUUCUACAUCACAUCUUUGAAAGUCGUCGAAACCAGGGACUUCCAGUCGGCGAUUGGUUGAGCCAAAGUCAUUUCAAGACCAAUGUCUGGUGCCACUCAUCAGACGCUCGUGCGACCAACCCCAAAGAUUAUUAUUACGGCUUUCUCGGUAUUACAAAGCUCAAAAUUAUCCCUGAUUAUAGCUCAAGCAAGUCUAUCGGAUCUAUCAGCAGGGAAUUCAUGAGCGAAUAUCUCAAAGUCUACCGUGAUCCGUCAUCAUCCAACGAUCCCUUGGGAGGGCCCCUCGGCCUUCUUAUGUUUGCGGGAGUUGGUUAUGGCUGGGAAACAGACCCUGAUAUGCCAUCAUGGGGUCCAAACUUCCCCGGAGAGGCAAAAUCAAAGCCAUCUUCCAGGGGGGAUGCAGAUGCAGUGGUUUCCCCAGGCGACAGGGAUAUUGAGAGUAUUUUUGAAAAAGAACCUCAGGAAAGAAUAAGCGGCCCCGACAUGGAGGUUACAUUAUAUAUCCUGGAUCGCAUCGAAAUGAUAGGCCCAAGAGUCUCUGACUACGGAAGACCCGAGCUUCGCCAUACAAAAGGCUUGCCAAUAACCUGGGCCUUGGACUUUGCCCUACGUCAUGCGAGCUACAUAUCAGGGGGCCACCCAUUGGCUGCUUUGCGUCAUGUCCUUGAGCCAUUUGCUACUUCUGACAGUAAAGAGACUGAUUUCCCUAUCGAAAACGGCCUGGAGCUUCUGAAGUUUUUAUGUCAUUUCAAUCGUCAAUCUUUGGAGCUUAAAUCGUGCUCUAGAGCCACGUUGGCCCGUCUUUGCUACGUGGAGGAUUUUUUUACACAAGUUCCUGUGAGUGUUUCUUCUCUUACUUUGUGCCCUCGCCUAAUUAUCAAGGAUCCCGAUGACCAUGAUGACUCGGACGCAUACACGAAGGCAUGUCGCUACAUUGAAAUCCUCGGCGCCAAGUGUAAGCCGUACAACCAUGCUAUAGCAGAGACAAAGAAAGGCUAUGUUGGGAGGUUUCCCCCGAGGAUACAGGAGGGCGAUUUGGUUUGUCUACUCAAUGGCCUCAACCAAGUAGCCGUUCUGCGGCAAGCUGGUAAGCGUUAUCAGUUUAUUGGGACGUGUUUUGUCGCGGGGUUGACAAAAGUCAAACCUAUUAAGUCAUUAAUCGAUCUCUAUAGCCUGAAGGCCAAGAGGGUCACUCUGAGGUAG